AUGAAAGAAAGGACAAUCAACUUUAGGUGCCCCGGAAGUCACCUUAUGCGCGAAACUGUUACAGGUUGGAGGACCAUCCUAGGCAAGAACGGCGGCUGCGGCGCGUCUGUCGAACAAGUCUCGAAGCUCGAAAAGAAGGGAGCCAAGAUGCAGGUUGUGUCGCAGAUGGUCACCUAG